CUUCUAGCCUCAUCCAUCAAACCCUAGCUCAUUUGCUUCCGCACCGCACCCUCGCGAACCCGAGAAAACCACGAUGGCCGAGAGAGGCGGAGGAGACCGCGGCGGCUUCGGCCGUGGAUUCGGCGGCCGCGGAGGCCGGGGCGACCGGGGCCGUGGCCGCCGCCGCGCGCCGCGCCAGGAGGAGGAGAAGUGGGUGCCCGUCACCAAGCUCGGCCGCCUCGUGAAGGAGGGCAAGAUCCACUCGCUGGAGCAAAUCUACCUCCACUCGCUGCCGAUCAAGGAGUACCAGAUCAUCGACACCCUGGUCGGGCCGUCGCUCAAGGACGAGGUGAUGAAGAUCAUGCCCGUCCAGAAGCAGACCCGGGCCGGGCAGCGGACCCGUUUCAAGGCCUUCGUGGUCGUCGGCGACAACAGCGGCCACGUCGGGCUCGGGGUCAAGUGCAGCAAGGAGGUGGCCACCGCCAUCCGCGGCUCGAUCAUCCUGGCGAAGCUGUCGGUGAUUCCCGUAAGGAGGGGAUACUGGGGGAACAAGAUCGGGAAGCCGCACACCGUGCCGUGCAAGGUCACCGGCAAGUGCGGGUCGGUCACGGUGAGGAUGGUGCCGGCGCCGCGAGGGGCCGGGAUCGUGGCGGCUCGCGUGCCGAAGAAGGUGCUCCAGUUCGCUGGUAUCGAGGACGUGUUCACCUCGUCUAGAGGGUCUACCAAGACUCUCGGAAACUUUGUGAAGGCAACCUUUGACUGUCUGCUGAAGACAUACGGCUUCCUUACUCCGGACUUUUGGAGGGAAACACGAUUCACAAAGUCUCCAUUCCAGGAGUACACAGAUAUGUUGGCUAAGCCCACUGGGAAAGCACUCAUUUUGGACGACGCCGAGAGAAUCGAUGUCUGAGCUAGCAUUUCGGCUGUUAAGAGUGUCUAGUUUUUGUUAGUACUUUUAAUUUGUUUAAGAUGUCAUGUUUUUCCUUCUGAGAUACCAUGUUGCUACCUUAACGGUAUAACUAGGCACUGCUUCAUUUUGUGCUUUUUGUCUUGAUUUUGAUGAAGGUUGAAAUACUGUGAUAAAUCUUUCAGAUCUUCAUAUCGAGUUGUCGUUCAAGUUAUAAUUGUCUCGAAAGAGCAGGUCUUUUUGA